CUUAACACUGCGUUCGAAACGAUCAGGUGUGCCUUUCUAGCUCGCGAUAGUUGCUCCUUGGUUUGAUGUGCCUGCUCUUUUUGUAGCGCGCGUGCAAUACUUUAUGUAUUAUUUCAAUCUUGGAUCUUUUAAAUCAACAACUUGAUCUGGUGUUGUCGUUGUUACUCUGUGAGUGCUUGACUGUUAUAAGAAAAGUUCUAACGGUUGCGACCAGUUGUGAUUAAUAAAUAACGAAAUCGACAACUUUUUUUUCUCCAUAAGUGUUCAGUGAUUGUGAAACUGCACGAAAUUAACGACGUGAAGAAAAGAAAAAAAAUGUGGUAAAGGUGUGCAUAAACCGUCAAGGCGAAUCAGUGUAUAAAUCUAACGAAAAAAUAAAAAUAAUAAUAAUAGCGUGGAUUGUAAAACAUACCUAUAUAUUUUUUGGAACACAAACGUGAUCUGUUGGAUAUAAACUUAUUUCAACGCGAGAUCAAUUACAUAAUAAUUGUUCAAGUUAUAAGAAAUGGUGUUAGUGGUGUGUAAAUACAAUCUGCAAAAGUGAGAAUAAUUCAGCCAAUUCAUCCGAUUUCUGUGACACGCUUAAUAGACACACAUACUGAAAGAUUGCUGUCUUGUGGUUGCAGCAUUUUGGAUAUACCUAUUUAGCACCUUAGCUUACACCAUCACUGUUGCCCACCUGAAUUUGGACCACGCUGCCUCUUUAUCUUCUGUCGACAGAUAGCACGCGACGCGCAUCAUUGACUAGAAGCGUUAAAAAUUAAUAAACGACGUGUGGAACGAGUUCGUACAGCAAACAGAAAAGAGAUUCAUCAUGCAACCAACCAACCAGUAGCAACACAUAAUCGGAAGAUAAAGUGCAAAUCACUGCGGAGUCCUCCUAGGAACACAUUCAAAUACUUGGUGAUAUCAACACAAAAGCUUCAAAAUGACUGCAGUGGAAGUUCAUUCGGGCUACAAAUACUAUGGAAAAGCAAAAGAUCCCAACAAAAAGAUAGUGUUGAAUCACCUGAAUAUGAGUGUUACUAGAGGAUCAAUAUAUGGAUUGCUGGGAGCUUCAGGAUGUGGCAAAACAACACUACUCUCGUGUAUAGUGGGUCGAAAAUUUUUGAACAGCGGUGAAAUUAGUGUACUUGGAGGCACACCUGGAACGCCUGGAUCGGGAGUACCGGGACCAAGAAUUGGCUAUAUGCCGCAAGAAAUUGCCCUUGUGGAUGAAUUCUCAAUCAAAGAAACGAUUUAUUACUUUGGACGCAUAUACGGCAUGUCAACAGAGAAAAUACGAGAACGAUAUAAACUUCUCAAAGAACUGCUGGAGCUACCAUGCGAUGAUCGACACAUCGGAAAUUGUAGUGGAGGUCAACAGAGACGAGUUUCUUUCGCUGCUGCCAUGGUUCAUGAACCAGAACUGUUGAUCUUGGACGAACCGACAGUUGGUCUUGACCCGCUAUUACGGGAAAGAAUAUGGCACUAUUUAGUCGAUACAACAAGUACAAGCAAAUUGGCUGUGAUUAUAACUACGCACUAUAUAGAGGAAGCAAGACAAGCUUCUUGUAUUGGUUUAAUGCGAAAUGGUAUUCUGCUGGCGGAAGACACGCCUGUAAAUAUUAUGGAGCUUUUUAAUUGUACAAAUCUGGAAGAUGCCUUCCUAACCCUUUGCCAAAAACAUGGUCCAUCAGAAGAGGCCGAUCAAACUACUCAUCAGACACACACAUUACGUAGUAUAAAAUCCAUAGACGGAAUAGAGGACGUUGGUUCUGAUAUCAAAAAAUCCAUCCCGCCACUGUCGUCUCCAAACGAUGAAAAGAAAGAGAUGAGUAAAAGUUUGUACGAGGAAAGUAGGAAACCGAUUACGAAAACUAUAAAAGAGUUUUUAAGCUUUACGACGAAACGAAGAAUGAACGCAUUGCUUUCGAAGAACUUCCUACAAAUGAUCCGGCAACCUGCUGGAAUGGUUUUUCUGUUCCUUUACCCCAUAUUUCAGUUGGUAAGUUUUUAUGUAGCGAUAGGUGGUGAUCCAAAAGAUCUUCGACUGGGCAUUGUCAACGACGAGGUUAACAACAUACAGGAGUGCUUCAACAGGUCCCUGACUACUACAUUCUAUCAUGACGAUUACGAUUGCGAGUUAUACAAAGUUUCCUGCCGGUUUCUGGAUCAUCUGAAUCGGAGUGUUGCGAUACAGGAGUAUUACGAUACAUACGACGAGGCUUAUAAGGCAGCCAGGAAUGGGAAAAUUUGGGGAUUCAUUUAUUUUGCCGACAACUUCACUGAGUCAUUGCAAGACGUGAGAGACAACGUGCGAGAUGCGGACGCCGGAUCCUUCCACACUUCAGAAAUCAAGGUUUAUCUAGACAAAUCGGAUCAACAGGUGACAUUCUUUCUCGAAAAGAAACUAAUUGAUACAUACAAGGAGUUCGCCGAGGGAGUAAUGACCGAUUGUCAUCUUCCGAAGCAGUUGGCAAACAUCCCAAUCAAGUUUGAGGAUCCCUUGUACGGUACAUUCAACGAUCAGUUUACUGAUUUUAUGGCACCAGGAGUGGUAAUGACAAUGAUCUUCUUUCUUGCCACCCUCAUCACCGCGACGAUAUUUAUCACCGAUCGACUAGAGGGAGUAUGGGAUAGAACAUUAGUAGCAGGUAUCACGGCCCUCGAGUUGCUGUUAGCACAUAUAAUUACGCAAACGUCGAUUAUGCUAAUCCAAUGCAUUGAAAUUAUUCUUCUGGCUACGUUCAUAUUCGACGCACAGAAUCACGGCAGCAACAUCACGGUUGUCGGUCUGCUGAUGCUUCUGGGCUUCGCUGGAAUGCUGUAUGGGUUAUUAAUUUCCAUAUUUUGCGACGCACACUCUACGGCUAACUUUAUGGCGACAGGUAGCUUCUAUCCAAUGAUCAUCAUGUGCGGAAUUCUAUGGCCCUUGGAAGGUAUGCCUCAUUAUCUGCAAUACGUGGCAUACUGUUUCCCUUUUACGGUGCCUUCGAUGGCAGUGCGUAACGUGCUUUCCAAAGGAUGGAGUAUCACAAACUCCCAGGUCUAUAUGGGCUAUGGAGCAAUUGGUAUCUGGAUAAUGAGUCUACUGUUACUCUGCUUUAUCGGAUUGAAAAUCAAGAAAUAGAGGGUCCAAACUGCCCAUAACCUUUCCGCUCAAUGAAUAGCAUUUUAGUUAGUUGUUUCUUUUGUUAGCUCUGUAAAUAGGUACUACAUAGGAAUUGCAGUUACACGAUUGGUUGUUCAAUCGAGAAGAUGCAAAAAACAUGCUUAGAUUGGAGAUUGCUUGCAAGAAAUUGGAUGUUUCAGGUCAAUAAGGCUUCUAAUUGGUCAGCGCGUUGAAAAGUAAGAAAUUCAUCAAAUGAGUACCAUCACUUUUAUACAAUCUCUCUAAAAUAAGUGUAGCAACGCAAUCAACGCUGCUACCGAUGUGAUAGCUUUUACGUAAGGUAUAUUCUGAAAGUCUGUUAUUUAUAAUACCGAAAUUUUUUAAGAUAUUAUUUUGCAAUAAAGGAUGAAUGCGAAUAAUAGUAGCUUUGUAUUGUGAUGAAAGUAAUUUAUUUUUGUGAUGCAUACUUGCAGAGCAACAAGCAAACCUCAAAGCGAAGAUGCAACAAUGGAUCACGAUAUGGUGUCAUUGGGAUUUUGACACGCUAUAUGUGUUUACUGGAUUACAAUCCAUAGGGAACAUUCUAGUAGUGUGGUUAAGUUGGGAAACAGUUUUAAAACAAAUACCAGUAGGUCUACGGAAACAGCCAAAAUCCUUUUAACUACAGUGUCUUUUAUAUUUUAUGCUUUUGUAUAAAACUGAAGAUCUAAUAUUUUUCAAUAAACGAAUAACCUCAA